AUUUGAGCUCUACAAAUUUUCUCCUCCUCUGAAUUUCAUUCACAUUGUCUGAAUUGGUUAUAUGCAGUACAUUGGACUAAAGACUAAAUGCAGAGUACUGUUUACUUCCACAACGUGGAUUAUGUAUUUAUUGUAGAAACCUACAUAAUCUUUCAGGCAAAAUCAAAUGAUUUUAUACAAUAAAUGACAACCUAAAACGACUUGGUUAUUGUUUUUAUUGACUUCAUUGACUUGACUAUUGUUUUGUGCAAAAAAAAAAAAACAUGUUUUUCUUGUAUAUAAUGAAACGAGAUAUCUGUCUUAGCAUCCAUUCUGAUAAGAAGAAGCAAUCAACAUAUUAUGGCUUCCUCACACAAGUAUGUUCUUGGUGUUUUAGUUUUGGCCAUAAUCCAAUUGAAAGGCAUUGCAAGCUCCCAUGAGCACCUCCAACACCUGAAAUCCCUUCACUUCUCACUGUUUCAACAUGAGACCAUAAACAAAACAGGGUAUAUCAUAGUGGAUGGUAUAAAAGGAGGAGCAGCAGUGAGUCAAACCACAACCCCUUUUGGCACCUUGUUUGCCUUUCAGGACCCUUUGACGGUUGCAGCCAACAGAUCCUCCAAACUGGUUGGGAUCUCAGAAGGAACUACAGUGACAUCUAGUCUUGACGGCCUUCGAAGCAUUUCAAUUGCAAAGCUAACUCUUCGUUUGAAGCACCACAAGGGCUCCCUUUCUGUUGUUGGUGUCACAGAUAACGUCAAAUCCUCCAAUCUUCCAGUCGUAGGAGGCACUGAAGAUUUCUUGUUUGUGCAAGGCUAUGUUACGUCUUCUCCUGUUGAUCUUACGGGUCUCACCGUUGUCUACAAGAUUCAAUUUCAUCUUUACUGGCCUCCGUAUGCAACUCCAUCCUCGUGAGUGUGAUGGCCACUAAACAAGAAUGAGACUGAAGGAGUGCUACUCAACAAAAUUGUGUGUGUUUCUUAGACCAUCCGAAACAUUUGACGCCUGUCGUUGACCUAUAACAUAAUCCUCUGUAUUUUGGCUUCGCCUGGCAAAAGCAAAUUUUAUGCCACAGGACGUAUUUUCUACAUACAUAAUUGGAAUAGGCCCAAAGCCUAGUUUCUGAUUUUGUUCUUAGAGCUGAUGAGUUCCAUCUAUAAGGCUGCAACUUAACUAGCACCAUGUCUUUUCCUUGAAUUUAAUCUAUAACCUUUUUUGGUCUGCACUUCUGUUCGUGUUCUGCUGAACUUCAAACAGAUUUGCCUUCAAUCGAGUCAAGUCCCUUGAUUGCGGCAGCAUCUCUUGUAAAUAUGUAAGAUUAUUACUACCCAAGACAUACCUAUCAAUUCUACAGGGUCACUUCUGUAUACCAUCUUAAAAGCUGUCAUGUCUAUGUUAAGGUGAUAUGAGUCCUUCACAAGAACUUGNUCCAACUCCUCGGAUUUGCAUAACUUAAACCACACAAGUACAUUUCUAAACAACAACUGACAGUCUCAGAUUCAUCAUCAAUUGAUACUCCUUCACCCCAGACUAUAUGGUCAAGAUAUUCAAUUUGAGAAAGACCAAAAGAACAUUUUCAGAAUUUUGCAAAUACUUGGUGCAACCUUAGAAGUUGGAACACGACUUCCAAGUGGUGCAAAUGUUCAUUCCACGAAGAACUAUAUAUUAGAAUCUCAUCAACGAAAACAGGAUCAUAUUUUCUCAAUAAACCAGUAAAAAUCUCAUAAUCUCAUUCAUGAGGGAUCGAAUGUAAUUAGAGAAUUAUUCAAACCAAAUGCUAUGACUAUCCACUCAUAAG